CCGCGCUCCCCACCCCGUGCGCCCCGCCCCGCCCCGCCAGCCGCCCGCUCCCCGCUCCCAGCAGUCGAGCGCCGCCAUGGAGGCCACCGGGGUGUUACCGUUCGUGCGCGGCGUAGAUCUCAGCGGCAACGACUUCAAGGGUGGCUACUUCCCUGAGAAUGUCAAGGCCAUGACUAGUCUGCGAUGGCUGAAGCUGAACCGCACCGGUCUCUGCUACCUGCCGGAGGAGUUGGCCGCCCUGCAGAAGCUGGAGCACCUGUCAGUGAGCCACAACAACCUGACCACGCUCCACGGGGAGCUGUCCAGCCUGCCGUCGCUACGGGCCAUCGUGGCUCGAGCCAACAGCCUGAAGAAUUCCGGAGUCCCCGAUGAUAUCUUCAAGCUGGAUGACCUCUCGGUUCUGGAUCUGAGCUACAACCAGCUGACGGAGUGCCCUCGGGAGCUAGAGAACGCCAAGAACAUGCUGGUGCUGAACCUCAGCCACAACAGCAUCGACGCCGUCCCCAGCCAGCUCUUCAUCAGCCUCACCGACCUGCUGUUCCUGGACCUCAGCGAGAACCGCCUGGAGAGCCUGCCCCCGCAGAUGCGCCGCCUUGCGCACCUGCAGACACUCGUGCUCAACGGGAACCCGCUGCUGCACGCCCAGCUCCGGCAGCUCCCGGCCAUGACGGCCCUGCAGACCUUGCACCUGAGGAACACACAGCGCACCCAGGGCAACCUGCCCACCAGCCUGGAGGGCCUGAGCCACCUGGCAGAUGUGGACCUGUCCUGCAACGACCUGACGCGGGUGCCCGAGUGCCUGUACACCCUCCCCAGCCUGCGGCGCCUCAAUCUCAGCAGCAACCAGAUCGCGGAGUUGUCCCUCUGCAUCGACCAGUGGGUGCACGUGGAGACCUUGAACCUGUCCCGCAACCAGCUGACCUCACUGCCCUCGGCCAUCUGCAAGCUGACCAAGCUCAAGAGGCUGUACCUGAACUCCAACAAGCUGGACUUCGACGGGCUGCCCUCGGGUAUCGGCAAGCUGUCCAGCCUGGAAGAGUUCAUGGCCGCCAGCAACAACUUGGAGCUGAUCCCUGAGAGCCUCUGCAGGUGCACAAAGCUGAGGAAGCUGGUCCUGAACAAGAAUCGCCUGGUGACCCUCCCGGAGGCCGUCCACUUCCUGACAGAGAUCGAGGUCCUGGACGUGCGGGAGAACCCCAGCCUGGUCAUGCCCCCCAAGCCCGCUGACCGCACCGCCGAGUGGUACAACAUCGACUUCUCGCUGCAGAACCAGCUGCGGCUGGCGGGAGCCUCCCCUGCCACGGUGGCCGCGGCGGCGGCUGGAACUGGGCCCAAGGACCCCCUGGCUCGCAAGAUGCGGCUGCGGAGGCGCAAGGACUCGGCCCAGGAUGACCAGGCCAAGCAGGUGCUGAAGGCCAUGUCGGAUGUGGCCCAGGAGAAGAACAAGAAGCGGGAGGAGAGCGUGGACUCUGGAGUGCCUGGGGGCAAGGUGCGGCGCUGGGACCAGGGCCUGGAGAAGCCGCGCCUCGACUACUCUGAGUUCUUCACGGAGGACGUGGGCCAGCUGCCUGGCCUGACCAUCUGGCAGAUGGAGAACUUCGUGCCCGUGCUGGUGGGGGAAGCCCUCCACGGCAGGUUCUACGAGGCCGACUGCUACAUUGUGCUCAAGACCUUUCUGGAUGACAGCGGGUCUCUGAGCUGGGAGAUCUACUACUGGAUCGGCGGGGAGGCCACACUCGACAAGAAGGCCUGCUCUGCCAUCCACGCCGUCAACCUGCGCAACUACCUGGGCGCCGAGUGCCGCACCGUGCGCGAGGAGAUGGGCGAGGAGAGUGACGAGUUCCUGCAGGUGUUUGACAACGACAUCUCCUACAUCGAGGGUGGAACAGCCAGUGGCUUCUACACCGUGGAGGACGCACACUACGUGACCAGGAUGUACCGUGUGUAUGGAAAAAAGAACCUCAAGUUGGAGCCCGUGCCUCUCAAGGGCGCCUCCCUGGACCCAAGGUUUGUCUUCCUGCUGGACCAAGGGCUGGACAUCUGCGUGUGGCGGGGGGCCCAGGCCACGCUGAGCAGCACCACCAAGGCCAGGCUCUUUGCAGAGAAAAUUAACAAGAACGAGCGAAAAGGGAAGGCGGAGAUCUCGCUGCUGGUCCAAGGCCAGGAGCUCCCGGAGUUCUGGGAGGCGCUGGGCGGGGAGCCCUCCGAGAUCCAGAAGCACGUGCCCGAUGACUUCUGGCCACCCCAGCCCAAGCUGUAUAGGGUGGGCCUGGGCCUGGGCUACCUGGAGCUGCCGCAGAUCAACUACAAGCUCUCUGUGGAACAUAAGACGCGGCCCAAGGUGGAACUGAUGCCUGGGAUGCGGCUGCUGCAGAGCCUACUGGACACGCGCUGCGUGUACAUCCUGGACUGUUGGUCCGAUGUGUUCAUCUGGCUCGGCCGCAAGUCCCCGCGCCUGGUACGCGCUGCCGCCCUCAAGCUGGGCCAGGAGCUGUGCGGGAUGCUGCACCGGCCGCGCCACGCCGUGGUUAGCCGCACCCUGGAGGGCACAGAGGCGCAGGUGUUCAAGGCCAAGUUCAAGAACUGGGACGAUGUGUUGACCGUGGACUACACGCGCAAUGCAGAGGCCGUGCUGCAGGGCCCGGGGCUCGCGGGGAAGGUGAAGCGUGACGCUGAGAAGAAAGAUCAGAUGAAGGCCGACCUCACCUCGCUCUUCCUGCCGCGGCAGCCGCGCAUGCCUCUGGCGGAGGCGGAGCAGCUGAUGGAGGAGUGGAACGAGGACCUGGACGGCAUGGAGGGCUUCGUGCUCGAGGGGAAGAAGUUCGCCCGGCUGCCCGAGGAGGAGUUUGGCCACUUCUACACGCAGGACUGCUACGUCUUCCUCUGCAGGUACUGGGUCCCCGUGGAGUAUGAGGAGGAGGAGGAGGAGAAGCAGAAGGAGAAGGCGGGGGCUGAGGACCAGGAGGGCGAGGAGGUGGCGGCCGAGGCAGAGGAGAAGCAGCCCGAGGAGGACUUCCAGUGCAUAGUGUACUUCUGGCAGGGCCGCGAAGCUUCCAACAUGGGCUGGCUGACCUUCACCUUCAGCCUGCAGAAGAAGUUUGAGAGCCUCUUCCCCGGCAAACUGGAGGUGGUACGCAUGACACAGCAGCAGGAGAACCCCAAGUUUCUGUCCCAUUUCAAGAGAAAGUUUAUCAUCCACCGGGGCAAGAGGAAGGCGGCCCAGGGAGCCCUGCAACCAAGCCUGUACCAGAUCCGCAGCAACGGCAGCGCCCUCUGCACCCGGUGCAUCCAGAUCGGCACCGACUCCGGUCUCCUCAACUCCGAGUUCUGCUUCAUCCUCAAGGUUCCCUUCGAGAGCGAGGACAACCAGGGCAUCGUGUACGCGUGGGUGGGCCGGGCGUCGGACCCCGACGAGGCCAAGCUGGCGGAGGACAUCCUGAACAGCAUGUUUGAGGCCUCCUACAGCAAGCAGGUCGUCAGCGAGGGCGAGGAGCCGGAGAACUUCUUCUGGGUGGGCAUCGGGGCGCAGAAGCCCUACGACGACGACGCCGAGUACAUGAAGCACACGCGGCUCUUCCGGUGCUCCAACGAGAAGGGCUACUUUGCAGUGACCGAGAAGUGCUCUGACUUUUGCCAAGACGACCUGGCAGACGAUGACAUCAUGCUCUUGGACAACGGCCAAGAGGUCUACAUGUGGGUGGGGACCCAGACAAGCCAGGUGGAGAUCAAGCUGAGUCUGAAGGCCUGCCAGGUGUACAUCCAGCACAUGCGCUCCAAGGAGCACGAGCGUCCCCGCCGCCUGCGCCUGGUGCGCAAGGGCAAUGAGCAGCACGCCUUCACCCGCUGCUUCCACGCCUGGAGCACCUUCCGCCAGGCCCUGACCUAGGGCAGCUGCCCGCGUGCCCCGGUGGCCACCACUGGCUCUGCGGAGGGCGAGAGAGGGCCUGUGUGUCCACCACCUGCCCCCGGUGCCGCCGUCCCCAGCAGCAGCAACGGGAGGAACCCUGCCCAGUGAGUGUGGUUGCCCUCUAAGAGAUAU